AUGCCAGCUCCGGCAAUGGUGCCCAUGACUCCAGGCCUGUCCAGCUAUAUUCAAUCCCUGAAACAAAACUCAGUCGAAGCUUCAACAGAGAACCUAAUAACACUUUUAAAACGGCGUCAUAUCCGCCAGCCGCACUCAUGCGCCCUUGCGACCGCCCAUCUGCUCCUCCGGGCCAUGCACACGACCAAGUCGAAUGACCCCGCAACGCUGAUCGAGCAUGUUAAACGAAUAGGUCGCCGAAUAAUGGCCGCGCAGCCCAGGCAAUUGAUUGUUGGUAAUAUUGUCCGCCGUGUACUGGGCAUGAUGAGAGAUGAAGCCGAGACUGGACCUGAUUGUGGAGUGAUGAGCGAGUCUGACGAUACUCGCCCUCAUACCCCGCCUCAAGGCAGCUUCCAAGCUUCAGGGCGUUUCUCAACACACGCAAGCAGUGCUUUGGAAAGACUAUCACAUUUUGAUGCCCUUGAAAGAUCAUCAUUGGCAGCCCAUGCGUCGGCGACCCCUGCUCUCCCUGGCACAUCGAUGUUUAACCUGCUUUCAUGCCCCCCGGAGUCCACUGACCCUAACUCACCGAUUACCAUCUCAAGAGGAGAGCCAGAGACGGUUGAAGAGCAGCAGCAGCGAGACUACCGAGGCGAAGUAUUUGAUGGCAUCAAAGAAAUUCUCGAAGAACUUAACCAAGUGAAUGAUCAGAUUGCGGCAUAUGCGCUAGAUCAUAUCCACUCAAAUGAGGUUAUACUCACUCACACAGCAUCUACAACAGUGCAGAAAUUCCUACUUAAGGCUGCAGCAAAAAGGAAGUUUAGCGUGAUUCAGGUAGAAUCAUAUCCAAACAAUCAUGAAGAUACCCAUGCAACCGUCACUGGUCUAAGUAGUGGCGACGAGGAACGGUUAACACCAGAAGCCUUCCAAAAACCAUUAAUUGCCCAGGGUAUUACCGUCAUCCUCAUUCCAGAUUCCGCCGUGUUUGCAUUGAUGUCACAAGUGAACAAAGUCGUUCUGGGAACCGAUUGUGUGCUCGCAAAUGGUGGACUGGUUGCUGCAUCUGGAACCAGACUUAUUGCCAAUGCUGCUAAGGCUCAUAAGGUUCCUGUGGUCGUCGUGAGUGGCGUGUAUAAAUUGAGCCCAGUCUAUCCCUUCGACCCUCAAUCAUUGAUCGAGUAUGGCGACCCAAGUGCAGUUAUGCCAUAUGAAGAUGGCGAGCUGGUAGAGAGUAUUGAUGUGGUGAAUCCUCUCUCUGAUUAUGUUCCUGCGGAACUCAUUGACCUAUACAUUACGAAUAUGUAA